GGCGUGUGAAACUUUCAUGCUGCUCGCUCCUUUUGAAUGAUUCCGUGUCAUCCCCUUCCCAUAACAUCCCCAAAGCCAGUCUCUCGCCUCGCCGCUCGGUGUGACUCGGUGCCUCCCGAUGAAUGAUAGACGGCAGGGACUCUUAAGCGUCCCGCCUGUCAUUCAUCGGCGUACACAGUGUCACGCAGAGCGGCCAGACAGAAAGCACGCAGCCACCCACCCAUCCAUCCAUUCACACACAUCUAUGCCCCCCCGUCGAUCCCCACACGCACCUGUGAAGUCUUCCACUUUCUUGUCGUUCAGGUUGUAGAAGAGGGCAUUGAACGUAAAGUCACGACGCUCCGCAUCUGGCAACACAGGCGACCAAGCCAUCUUCCGCCGGUCUGUCUGCCUGUCUGCCUGUCUGUCUGUCUGUGUGUGUGCCCACCUUCCUUUGGCGUGCCGAUGUCGAUCUUGGGUAUUCGGGAGUCCUCUGUGUAGGUCUCGGUGCGGAGGUUGACAAAGUCCACCGACACACCCAUCAGCUUGACCGUCGCCGUCUCGAGAUGCUUCGACUGGUCGGGGUUCCGCGCUAUCACGCCGAUCUUGUGCGGCGACUCACCCUUGGCCGCCAACCAACUACACACACACACACACUCCGUCAUUCCGUCCUGUCUAUCAAUGUCGUCUCUCUCACUCACUCGUUGACGUGUUCGGCGAACUUGAGCCCCAGCAUGUUGUCGAGAGCGAUGUCGAUGUCGGGCGAGGCGGUGUCCUUGCCAAGCAGCUUGUCCCGCACCCACCCGCCCGCGACACGCAGUGUUGUCUCGAGACCCUGGUCUUUGACCACAUUGAGCAGCAGCUCGAACAGCGACUCCUCCAGCUUGGUCAGCUUGGUCAGUCGCAGCUCGUGCGACAGCCGUGAGGGCGACGGCAGCGGCUCGUUCGUGUCUGUCAUGAUGCGAGGACGGUACCGCAGACGAGGGGAAGAGGGCACUUCAGCGAAGGCGCUCGAAGAAGGGGUCGCACUGAGAGAAAAGCGGGAUGCUCGGGUGCUGGGUGGGACGAAGGGACUGACGAAGGCCUCACGCAGCCUCGGCGAUGAACUGAUGAUCCGACGCGCUUGCGACACAAACGCCAGGGUCAGGAUGAGGAAGAUCCGCCGUAGAUGAAGUAGCGCAGUCCAGUCAUGGCUGCGCAAGCGGCUCAUAAGAGAUCUCCAACAUCAAAGUGCCUCGGCUUUGAAACCACUACUAAUUUUUUCAGUGCCCAGAUC